AUGAAUGAUCUCGAUCUUUGGUUUGAAAGCGCGAAGAAAGGCGAGGUGAAAACGCUGUGUAAACUCCUAGAAGACAAUAAAAUCACAGAUGUAGAUGUUCAAGAUUCCAACCAUCACACGGCGCUGUAUUUAGCAGCAAAACGAGGACGAGAUUUUUGUGUUACUGCUCUGUUGGAUCUCGGAGCCGAUCCUAACAGUGGCACAUCCCAGGUAGAGGCUCUUCGUCCGCUGUUUCCAGAUCGAAUUGGAAUUCAAAAGCGAUGGUUUCUAUCUUUGGACGAAUGGAAUAUAGUGUGUUGUUUUUUCUCCGCCAGCACGUCAGAGCACGGGAGGCCAGGUCAAGCAGCUUUAGAAGGAGAUCAUGUGACCUGUUUGACUUUAUUACUACGUCGAGGUGCUGACCUUGAGACCAAGAAUCACAAUCAACAAACCCUUUUAGAGUGUAUCACGAAAAAAUACGGUCAGACCAGGACUGACAAACUGCUCAAGGAAUCUGGUAACAAGUGGGGGGUUAAAGAACGUACGUCAGAGGGGCCCAUUCAAGUUGAUAGCGGACUGCGGGCGCCUGUUCCUCAGGUUCUUGGUUUAGAAAUAGAAUCGUAUGAGCAACACGUGUAUUGUUACGAGCCGUUCAGCUUUUACAUCAAAGGGAAACUAAGAGACGGAUAUGUCACGUUAAAAAGAUAUCGGUGGGAAGUGAAAGAAGCCAUUAAACAGGAGCAAUUUCAUCACGAGGUCACUGUGCUGAGCGACUUGCGCCAUCCCAAUAUUCUCCUUCUUAUGGCCGUGUGCAACAGUCUGGAUCCUUCUCAGCAGGGCCUUGUACUUGAACCCGUAGAACGUGCCUUCCUGGGAAAGCUCCUUCAUGAAGAGAGGACAAUUUUCAGUGAGGACACUGUUUUGUGCCUCAGCAGAGAUAUAGCGUGCGCAAUGCAGUUUGUACAUCAGCGGGGAUAUAUUCACUGUUAUCUGGGAUCCAGCAGUGUGGUACUAACUGAGAACUUCAAGGCUAAGAUCUGUAACUUUGAGUACGCUCAGCGUGUCCAAUAUGGCGACUCUAGCGGCGUUCCCAUCAGCCACCUCGAUUACUUAUAUGACUGGAUGGCUCCAGAACAGUUAAGUGGUAAACCCGCUGACCAAGCCGGUGACGUGUUUAGCUUCGGAAUUCUUGUCUGGGAAUGCGUCACGAGAAGACGACCUCUAAAAUAUGUCAAAAGCUUGGAACAGUUAACUAAAACGACUGUGGAUCCGAGACUGAAAAAGAUUCCAAGGAACUGGAGCCAGACGUUCAAUAUUCUCAUUGGGGAUUGUCUAAAGUCUGCGGAGAACCGACCAAACUUCCAACAGAUCUACGGAUGGUUGUCCGCCAUGGUGACGUCACAGUUCACAUGCGUACGUCCAAAAAGCUUCGUCUUAGAACAGCACGAUAACUUGUUUCCAUCGAAAACGUCAAAGAAAGUUAUUUCAUAAGGCAAGUGUAUAGGGGGCUGCAGCCACUGAUUAACAAAGAGUCAUUUUGGGGCU